UCCAGACGAGAGUCGUGGCGGGUUUCGCUAGGUGGCGCCAGCGCGGAAACAGACACGUGUGUGCCAGUCUGAGGGCAUAAACAGCACGGCAGGAGCGAAAGAGAAGCGGAUUGCUCCCCCGUUUUGCGGUUGCUGUAGAAAAAUCUCGUUUAUGUGAUUAUUUUGUUUAACACGUUCGUUCUGUGACCCCCGAGGUCUGGUUUCAGCAUCUCCGCUGCCCCGAUUAUAUAAAAAAAAAAAUAACUGAACAUUACAGGCAGUGCUGGAUAAAGAAAGAGGACCCGGGGGUUCCCAGUUAGACCAGAACAGAACAGCUUCCGUUCAUAACGCUGCGUUUCCAGAAGAAAAGGAGGAAUGAGACGCGCCUGUGAAACGAAAGAGAUGGACAUCUGCAGCUCCUCCGCGUCUCUCCUGCAAGAGGAGCUCGCCUCCGCUAUCGAGCCCGCGGUGAAAGCGGCUGUGCUGAGCGUCAUGUCUGCCUUAGCAAAGUUCGUGGACAGCAAGUGCGCGGUUUUCCACCUCAGACUGGACGAGAGAGACCAUGAAUUUGAAAGCGUGCGAUUGCGCUUGGAGAUAGCGGAGAGCGAGUUGAAAGCAAUACGGGAAGGAGAAUGCAUGAACGCCGCCGAUCAGAUCUUUGCACACCCUCUCACAAACACUAAAACACAAAACUCCGGCAGCGACAGUAUUAUUGCUCACGGCCUGCCAGCCCCCCCUGCACGGGUUUGCUCCACUGCACCGGUCCAGCCAGUCCGGGACCCGGUGCCUGCAGUCCACACCGCACCGAAAAACUCCCGGGUUAUAAUCUGUCCAGAACUGCUUGUUCAAGGUGGUGACUGUGAACAGAUGGGUCACGCAAGCGCAGCGGCAUGGAGAACAGUGGAAGGUCCUGCAGAGAGAGAUGCUCUUCUUCACGCCGAGGAAGGGUCGAAGGCAGAAUCAGUUCCCAUUCAAGAGGAGCUCUUUGACCAGGAAUGGUACAGGAGUCCAAAGCGGGCUACAGAGCUGACAUCUAUUGAAGGGAAGGAGGAGAAACCUGGACUAGAUCCUGUCCAUAUUAAAAAGGAGAACCCUGAACUGAAUCCUCUCUGCAUUAAUGAAGAGAUCCCUGGAAUCGAGUCGAUCAUCAUUAAACAGGAGGUCGUUGAACUUGAAUCUGACCCCGUUGAAGAGGGGGGUUCUGACCACUUCUGUAGACCCCAACAGAUUCACGCUGGACAGAAACUGCAUUGCUGUACAGAAUGCAGGAGGAGUUUCAAUACGUUUGCAGAGCUGACAAGCCACCUGCGCAUUCACUCAGAGAGGAAACAGUAUCGCUGCUCUGAAUGUGGCAAAAGUUACAAAUAUUCAAACCACCUUAAAACACACCAGCGGACACACACAGGAGAAAAGCCCUUUUGCUGCAGUGAAUGUGGUAAGCGAUUUAUUUCAUCAGAACAGUUGAAAAGACACCAGCGAAGUCACACAGGAGAAAAACCGUAUCACUGUACACAGUGUGGGAAGAGUUUUACUCAGUUUGGAAACUUGAAAUUGCACAAGCGAAUUCACACAGGAGAGAAACCGUAUUGCUGCUCUGAAUGCGGGAAGUGUUUCACACAGCUGCAGCACCUCAAAACUCACCAGCGAAUUCACACAGUGAAGAAAUUGUACUGAAAAAAAAAAAAAAAAAAAACCUUUUUAAAACAAAUUCAAAGGCUUUAAGCGGCAGUGUUUUGAUUUUGCAUGGAUAUUUUCUUUUUAAGACACAAUGGACCAAUUUUUUAUUAAUUGAUCCCCAGCCUUCAUCCAUGUAACUCACAGUCGCUCGCUUCAAAUCAACUCUCAAGACCCACGUGUUCUCUCUUGCAUACAGUACUCUUUAAGCCUGAUAUGUUAUCAGCUGUUGUCUUAAAUUCAGGGUUUGCGCGCCAUCCUAAUACCUUAAAUCCUGUUCAUGCAUCUAAAACGUUUAGAAUUCACAUCCUAGCCUUGUAUGUAAUGUAUUUGAAUUUUUUCGAACUGUUUGUAUUGAAUGCGUUAUGCCCUGUAUUACACUGUCUUUAAUGUAUUAUGCAUUGUUCCUCACUAUCAGAGUUGCCAGGUUCGCGGUUUUUCCGCGGAAUUGGGCUACUUUAAAAACCCAGCCACGAAAUAUUAAGGAGUUGUGGGUUGUUAAUGUAAUUAGAUUAGUGGUAUAACUUUAAAAGAUUGAAACUGUUUUCAUGUUUUCGAUAUUGUUUGGGAUACAGUGUCAGCAUUAGUAUUUCGAUAAAGGGAUCGCGCUGUAAUUUGGUUGCUGGUAUGAAUGUUGAUUUGUCCCUUCAGAGCUUCGGUACGCAUUUGUUGACAGUGGCGUGUGGAUGAGCUGUACUGGGGCUUGUAUUUUCUGUCACAUUUAUAUAGGGUAUCUUUUCUUGCAAAAGCUUUUUUUUAUGCAUAGGCUUGUGUGUUAAUAAUAAGCUUGCUUUGAGUUAAAAUCAAUUAA